AUGUCGUCCAACACUGCACGGGCAGAAGAUGCUAGACUACGAGGUAAUGCUUUCUACAAGGCUUUGCAAUUCAAUAAGGCCAUUGUAGCCUACAAAGUAGCUGCUGCACUCGUCCCUUCGGACCCCACACCCCUGUCCAAUCUAUCGGCUGCCACCUUUGAGCUAGGAGAUUACGAGAAAAGCAUCCAAUUUUCUAAUCAGGCUCUAGCUCUACUUGAGAAAGAGGCAGAUACCGAUCCUCGAAAACAAAAACUGAUUAUUCGUCUUAGCAAGGCCAGGCGUUACCAGUCCGAUCCUGACAAUUCUAUCGCCAAAGAAUCACUCUGGAAUGCCAUCUUCCGUUUACCGCGAUACAGACCAAACUUAACUAACGACAGGAGCUACUACCCUAGUGGACAUGAUACUCCAGAGUCUCUGUACGGCCGAACUCUUAGGCGCACAACGAAGAAGGCUCCAGUCGUAUCGUUUAUGUUCUGUGGGAUCGGCGACGCUCGUAACUUGCUGCAAACUAUGAUGGAUUAUCAUCUCAACGGUCCCUCAUCUCACCAGUCUGAUCAAAGGCUUCAUUUGACUAUCCUGGAUUUCAAACCGGCCAUCUUAGCACGCGACUUGAUUUUAUUCUUACUCUUGGAUGAUAUUUCUCUCAACUUGGGAAUCUCUAAUCAAAAGAAGUAUAUGUUAGGCAAACAACGAGCCUGCAAUCUCACCGAGUUACUCACCACUGUAUCAUAUUUUUAUAUCACUCAAGUGAUGCCUGCUUAUGCUUUGAAGAACAUUCAAGCCAUCAUUCAGCGACUGCUUGACGCCUUUGAUGAUUCCAGGCAACCAAUAUCUUGGGUUCACAUUCCUGUCGCGGUUCAGGCCGCUGUCCGACCUAGUCUUGAAUCUUGGAAACGAGGGCCCUUUGGUCCAUAUUCAACUCAACGGUUUCGCGAGAUCGUACAAGGUAACUCGAAAUCAAAAAUGAACACGACGAGCAUGGUUGGAGGCUUUGAUCUAGACUCAUUCUCAAUAUUUUCUUACCUCAAGUUUGAUAAGCGUGUCUAUGACGAUUUCACAGUUCUAUUGCCUCCUGAAGACAUGUUAAAUGAACACGAUCCAGCGCUAGCCCAAAUCCUUCGAGACUACAAACAGAUAAACGUUGCUAGUGUAACCAUGGAGCGUAUAUCUUCACACAUCAAUAGGAAAUGGAAACCUAACCUUACCCUAGCCGAUAUUGUGUUUGAGAACGAAAACUCUCGGCCUGGAACUUUACCGAGUCCAGAGAUGGGUUUUACACCAUUUGAAGUUAUGCAGAACCUUUUGAUGGGCUCUGCAGAUUUUCAAGGAUCUUCCUCAAUAGUUAACAAGACUCUCAUGAGCGUUUCAGAAUCUUAUUUCCAAAAGGUUGCCAGUGCCAUUGCUUCCCUCCGGGAUCGUAUGAUCGUAGAGGUCUGCUUAGGAGAAAUGGCUGAUUUCCUUGAAAAAAUGCAACAUCAAACUCUUGAUCGGUCUAGAGAAAUUGAAUCAAAGGAUUGCUCGUCAUCGCCGGAAUGGCCGCAGAAAUACCAUAUCAUUCAUAUGAGCAAUAUUCCAUUAAGACAUCUAACUGAAAUCAUCACUAGUGACUAUGUCGGUGGUCCUUUAACAUCCUUCCUAUACGGCGUCCCAAUCCUCGAACAUGGCCCAGGAACUGGACUCACCUCACGCAUCCUUCGAAAUCCAUUACCUUUUGAUGACGUUUCUACAUAUUUCUCCGAGUAUCUUCUCAUGUACAAUCCUAAAUUGGUCCGAUCCCACUUUCAUCUAGCCCUGUCUUGCGAAACUCCUGCGGCAGAGGAUCUAAUGUCUUACUUGAUGUGGGAGCGUAUUCCAAAGCCUCAGCAGCUCUUGAACUUUGAACAACUUAUGUCUCAGUCAAAGUUUUCACGCUGGAUCUAUGCCCAUUUCCUCAAGAUCUGUCUUCCUUACCCACGCAUGUUUCCAGACAGAGUGCCACUUGCUCCACUCAACAUGACCGCUUUUAUUCGCUUGAUAAUGUAUGUUUCUGGAUUGGGAUACCCAGCUCACUGGAUCUCGAAUCUGAUGGACUCCAUCUUGUCGGGCAAGAUCACUACCAAUGCUCGCCCACCGUCACAAAUUGUCUGCACUCCAAGAGAUGUUGACGCAGUAUACCCAACACAAUCUUUUUCUACCACAUCGUGGAUCUUGGAGUUCGCGACCCUGACCGGACUAUGGCGCCGAUUAUUACCAGUUGGACUUGUACUGCCAUCCACCGUUCCUCAGGUAGAGGAGAUCGUACAGUACCACCUCAAGUUUCCUGGUUUCAAGGUAUGGGAUGCACGAGUCCCACAUUCGAUGCUAGUAUUCUACAAUGAAGAGAAAGUUGAAAGAUUACCUAAAAACUUACGACCGAUACUGAUGGAAGACAUAAAGAAAUCAGAUCCGAAAUCACGUGUAUUACAGGAGAAUGUACGUUGUAUGAGUACAUUUGAUUGGAGUGUAGAAGAUCAAGAAGUUACGUUUUGGAUAUCAAAUUUGGCUUUUGAAGAGAUGAAGGAUUGGAAUGUCGAGAUAUGGAGAAUCGAUGUUUGGGAGAAAGAAUCGAAUCAGGUGAAAUUGGCUGAUUCGGUUGUAAAGAAGAAAUCCUGGGAAGAGUGGAAAGAUUCACCAAGCUUCAAUGAUACCUGA